UUUUAUAAUUUUUAAAACAACGCAUACAACAUAAAUUUUAAAGAUAUUUCUACGAUAUAUUAUUGACAUGUGAUACAAUAUUAUCAUUUGUUAUGGAUACUUUGGCAUGGAUGGAUGUUGCAUUACAAAAAGCUGAAGAAUCUUUAAAAGCUGGCGAAGUCCCUGUUGGCUGUUUAUUUAUAUAUAAUAAUGAGAUAAUUGCAACUGGUAAUAACACAGUGAAUGAAACAUGUAAUGCAACUCGCCAUGCAGAGAUAAAUUGUAUUGAUCAAGUUUUAAAAUUUUGUAAAGAGAAACACAUGGAAUACAAAACGGUCUUUCGUAAUCUAGAUGUAAUUGUCACAGUAGAGCCGUGCAUAAUGUGUAUGUCGGCACUAUUACAACUACAAGUACACAGUAUUGUAUAUGGUUGUGCGAAUGAUCGAUUUGGCGGUUGCGUCAGUGUUCUCGAGGUACCGAAAAUUUACGAUAAAAAAAUAAUGAUACAAGGAAAUGUUAAGGGUGAAGAGGCUAUGAGAUUGCUUAAAGACUUUUACAAGGGAGUGAAUCCAAACGCGCCCGAAUCAAAAGUCAAAAGAAAGAAAGAAACUUUGUUAACAGAGAACAAAUAAUCUUUCCACAUUUAAUGUCUUUUGUUUCUAAAUUUUUGUCGAAACAUUUUUUUACUGAUAUGAUUUAGUAUAUUACAUGAAUAUAAAAUAUAUUUUCAUUUUUAAAUAAUUAUAUGAUACACUGCUAUAGCAUAAAAUAACUUAGUUUUUUUAGUCUUUUUAUACUACUCCACAUAUGUAUAUUUGAUGUACAGUAUAAUAGAAAUGAUAGUAAGAAAUUCAAUAUUUCGCGCAUUUUUUAUGUAUUUAAAUAGUUUUUCAUUUAAUGCUCUCAUUCAUAGAGAAUACUAUAUAUAUAUACAGUUUUAUAUAUCUGCAAUAAAUAUUCAUGUAUAUUACUUACAAAAUAAGCUUCUAACUUUAUCAUAUGAUUGUCAACUACACCACAUCAUAUCCAAUUCGCACUUUCCUUGAUACCAUCUAAUGAGUAAUUGAUUUCUCAAUGUAUAAUUUUUUAGCGCUAUGUCUUUUGUCUGCAAAAAGAUACAUUCUUUGUUAGAAGUAAAGUUAUUUAAACAAAAGCAAUCUUCUGUGACUUACAAUUGGAGGUGGGAAGAUUCUUUGAAAAUCCAUCUGAUUCUGGUGUUCAAGAUAACUCUGCGACAGAAUAAGCUUUGUUUCCAAAGUAUAGCAUGGUCUACACAACUGGCAUUCUAUAUGAAAGCAAUCCUCGCAUUUCUUGCAGAGCUCUGGCAUACAAUUUCAAGAACUCGACUAAACGAAACUCUCCUGUAUGGACUUUUAAGUGCAUGUAAAUCUCUACCUGUGUGCUUUACUCACCUAGUCUUCAAGGAUUCUCUUCUGAUUCUCUUGCCAAUACCAAUCAAUGCAAACGUAUUGAAUAUGACUUGUUCGUACAACAAUUGAUUUGGUGGAUAAUGCGCAGAAGACAGAUUCGGGGACAUGUUUGCUUCCAUCAUGUAGACAUUCAAGUCUUCAUCAAGAGCUAAAUCGAAUCUCACGAGCUCGAAGAAGUUUCUGCCGUUGCCGAAGCGUUUGGAAACUUCUCUGAUUUGCGUCUCCUUCAUCAAGACGACUUCUCGGAUGGCAUCGUACACUCGCUCCCACAUCUCAUACGGAUUCUUUCCGUGCUCUUUGACAUACGCGUCGAACGAAUCUUUCAUCGAGAACCCAAGUUCAGUGUAGUAUUUCUUCAAGGACGGUACAUUCCAAAUCGGUAGAUAAUCAUCACCGACCACGUACUUGUCUAGGACUUCUGGAUCGAAAGGAUAAUAUUUCACCGGACAGAAACGGAAGAGUACGUCGCCUUUGUAGGCAUAUAGCCGCAACGGAUCUACGGACGUGAUGACAACGUACACGCCGAUGUCGAAUUUGUAGCCAUCGACGAGGAACGGCUGUUCGAUGAACUCUUGAACGAAGGUGCCAUCGGUGAAAUUAGUGUCAUCGUUGUCGCGAAUGCGGAUGCCUCGAUGAUCGUUCGAUUUCUGUACGAACUGCUUCGUGGGAUUUGACUUGACGUAGUCGAGGAAAGCUUGCCGAUCCUCGGGUAUCUUGAAUGCCGCAGGUAUAUAUCGUCCGCCACGUGACGUCGACAGAUCCACCUUGUUUGUAAUGUAGCCGCAACCGGGGAAAUGGUUGACCUUCUGAUGGUCCCGCAGUUUACCUAAACUCGUCGACAACACGCGAAAAGGAUAAUCGUGGGCCCACAAUAGAUCCCAAUCAGAUUUGUUAUCGCUUUCUUGGAAACCAAGUCGUUGGAGCACCGCAUAUACAUGUUUCAAAUAACCGGUGUCGUUGCUCUUGGUGUAGAUCCAGAAUUUAGGUCGAUCCUCUUUUAAGUUUAUUGUCACUGGUCUUUCAAAUAGACGUCCCGAGUACGUUUGAUAGGUAAAAAAUAUACCGUAAAGGAUCAAUGGGCCCACUACAGAAGAUAGAAUAAUCCUUAAAAUUACCUUCAUCUUCAAAUUCAUGAUUUGUUUUCUUAUAAUGCAUUGAGUUUCCUGUAACAGCGUUUUGUCGAUUAUUAUGAUUAAAUUUAUUAAAGAUGAAUAAAUAACAAAAAAUAGAAAA